AAUGUGUAAAUGGGUGAGAGAAAAAAAAAUUAUUUUCAAAAAUAUCAACAGUCGGUAAAAUCAGUUCUAACACGACGACAGCUAGAAAGUGUGUUUAUCGUAAAAUAAACUUUAAAAGAUUGAAAGAUGGCGGACACCGCGAAUGACGGUGAUAAUCGAGUAGUAGCAAAUGAUUCAAGUGAAAUGGAAAAUCCACAAGAAAACGGUGAAGUUGCUGUUGUUGAAGAAAAUCAAGAAAGAAACAUAAAUGCUGAAAUCGACGCCCAAAGACAAAAAUACCAACCAACAAAAUGGGAAUCAUUUUUAGCAGUAUUAAAGUCACUGAUUAUAAGGUCAUUAGUUAUUUAUUUUAUCACGUCAUUCUUCCGAAGACCAGCUGCAGAUCCAGCAUCGACAGCAGCAAGCGCCGAUGGUGCUGUUCCAAAAUAUCAGGCAGCUAAUAUUUUUGAGAAUGGAACAUUAUUUGAUUUGUACGUAUUUUUAUCAGAAUCAGAUCAUUUUAAUAACUUUGAGGAUCAGCAGGCGUUGAUAUGGAAAGAAAAAAGUUUGAUGUACGGUGAUUGGACGAGUGGUGCCAACAACGACGGCACAAGAUUUUUUGCUUACAAAUUCGAACCUUCAAGCCAACUUAAACGCAAUGGAUCGAUUUAUUUGCACAUUUACGCAACAAAAACCGGAAAGUCGAUAAAUCCUAAGGAUGGUAAGGGCGCGUAUUCAGCGAAUCAAGUGUCAUAUGUUAAAAAAAUGGUUAAUAAAUUUAAAAAGAUAAAAUAUCAGAAGCGACACAAUUUACUAACGGGAGAAACAACAGCUACUGAAGAAGAAAUAAAAAAAGCUGAAAUAAUGGAUCAAGAAAUAGUUUCACACUGGCAUCCUAAUUUGACAAUUAACCUUGUGAUUGAUCAAACUGGCUGGGUGUCAGGGCAAGUCCCGCCACCGUUGAAUGAGUACAUCGAAUUUGUUCAAGGAGGUUCUUUCUACAAACCUCCAAUUUAUGUAAACGAUUUUUGGAACAUGCAGCGCGAUUACUUUCCACUUAAUGACACUAUCAAGGAAUUGGAAUUGCAUCUCACUUACCAACCACUAUCUCUAUUCAAAUUGCAAUUGUACUCGGCGCAAAAUAUGAGGAAUAAAUGGACUUCUUCAUUCAUGGGAGACGUUGCUGAUGAAGAUGACAACGACCAGGAUACUCUGAAAGAAACAAUUCUUGAAACUAAUCCUUACUUACUGGGAAUGACUAUUUUUGUAUCUAUUUUACACAGCGUGUUUGAAUUCUUGGCUUUCAAAAAUGAUAUCCAAUUCUGGAAUAACAGAAAAACCUUGGAAGGUCUGUCAGUUAGGUCAGUCUUCUUCAACGUCUUUCAAUCUCUUGUUGUGCUGCUCUACGUCUUGGACAACGAAACCAACACUCUUAUUCGUUUGAGCUGCGGUAUUGGUUUGUGCAUUGAAAUCUGGAAGAUCAACAAAGUUGUGGACAUCUCUCUCGAUAGAAGCCAUAAAAUACUGGGAAUAUUCCCUACAGUAUCAUUCCGCGACAAAAGUUCCUACGUCGAAAGUUCAACCAAAGAAUACGACAGACUUGCCUUCAAAUAUCUAUCAUGGGCUCUGUAUCCUCUUGUGGCCGGAUAUGCAAUUUACUCGUUGAUGUACCUCGAGCACAAGGGAUGGUACUCGUGGGUUUUAAAUAUGCUCUACGGUUUCUUGUUAACAUUUGGCUUCAUCAUGAUGACGCCACAAUUAUUUAUUAAUUAUAAAUUAAAAAGCGUAGCUCAUCUUCCCUGGCGUAUGCUGUCGUAUAAAUUUUUGAAUACAUUCAUCGAUGAUAUAUUUGCUUUUAUUAUUAAAAUGCCGACGUUAUAUCGAUUAGGAUGUUUUCGUGAUGAUAUAGUGUUCUUUAUAUUUUUGUAUCAGCGGUGGAUAUACAGAAUAGAUCCUACGAGAAUUAACGAAUUCGGUUAUUCGGGUGAAAUGGAGGAUGCUUCAAAGAAACAAGUCGCUGUGGCGAGUACGAAAGAUGAAGCUAGUAAAAAAACAGAUUAAUUUUAUGAUUUCUUUAAACUCAUAUUAAAUUAAUUAAUUAAUUGAAAUUUAUUUUAUAGUUAAUUUCCAUUAAAAUUUUGUCGUACCAAAGUACAAAAUGUAGAUCAAUUACGUGUCUUAAACUUUUAUCAUUAGUUUUUUUUUUGUUCGUUUUUUUAAAUAAAUUUAAUUAAAUAAUAGCAUCGGGUAUGUCAUUAUGCGUCUGCCAGAGUAUUCUUUUAACGAGUACCCAUUAAUUCCCAAACGAAUAUGUUUAUGAUUAAGUAUAAGACGUUGAUUUUUACACAAAUAAAGUAUAUAAAUAAUAAAAAAUAAUAACGAUUAAUAAAUAAAAAUAUUCUAUACUAAAAUAAUACGAACAAUUAGUCUAUAUUUGAAAGUAGGUAAAUGAUUUCAAUUUGUGUGAAUUUUGGUGAGAAAGUACAUAAAAAAGAAUUGUAAUAAGUGUAAUAAAUUAAAAAAUGCUUUGUCAAACGUUGAAUUGCAAUAAAGUGAAAAAAAAAUAUCUAAAAUCAACUGAUGAGCUUCCAAAUAUGGUUUAUUGGGUUAUUUCUUUAAAAUUUAACUACUUUGUUUUAUUAUUUUUUUUUAUUGGAUUAUUUUUAUUCUUUUAUUACCGAAAAAUAAAAUAUGAGCUCAUAUAUAGUGAUGUAUUAUUUCGUAAAUUGGUAAUUAAAAGUACUUAGCCACACGGUAAGUACGUAAUAUUAGGUACAAAUAUUGUUUAUCUUUUGUUUUUAUUGCUAGUUUGCAUAAAACUUCUGUGUCAAAUAAAAUAUAACGUGUAUUAGAUUUUUUCAAGCUUCUGAUAACGUGAUAAAUAAUAAUUAAUUAAUAAAUUCUACUUUAAUUUUUCGCAA